AUCCUCGUUUUCCAGUGGUAAAUUGCUAAUUACGCGCCAUGGAAAUGCCUUUGAGAGCACUGUUUGGGUCAUUCCUUGUCUUGUUUCUUGUUGGACAUGCUGUCCAUGGUCAUGAUGGUCAAAAGUUCCAGGCAGGUGAAUGGAAACAUGCUCAUGCCACACACUAUGAAGGAAGCUCCGACACAUUUGGUGGAGCUUGUGGAUACCAUGAUGUCGUUAAAGAAGGCUAUGGCCUGGAGACAGUAGCAUUGAGCAAUGCAUUGUUCAACAAGGGGGAGAUGUGUGGAGCAUGCUUCGAAAUCAAAUGCGAGGACUCGCCUGAAUGGUGCAAGCCUGGCCAGCCAAGUCUCAUUGUUACAGCAACCAACCAGUGCCCUCCGAAUUACGACCAGCCGAGUGAUAAUGGAGGAUGGUGCAACGAACCCCGUGAACAUUUCGACAUAGCAAGGCCUGUGUUCGAGACGAUUGCCGCGUACAAGGCCGGCAUAGUUCCAGUCUCAUACCGCAGGAUUCCAUGUGACCAUAAGGAAGGAGGAAUUAAAUUUACAAUAACUGGGAAUCCUUAUUUCAAUGAAGUGUUGGUGUGGAAUGUAGGAGGUGCUGGGGAUAUUUGCCACGUCGAAGUGAAAACUGAAGAGCAACCGGAUAAGUGGAUAGCGAUGGAGCGAAUGUGGGGUCAACGGUGGAUUUACAACGGAAAAUUGUGUGAGAGUCAAGGCGCGCUUACCUUCCGAGUGACAGGGGGUGAUGGAAGAAGCGUAACCUGUGACAAUGUUGCCCCAAAGGGUUGGCAGUUUGGCCAAACUUAUCAAGCCAAGAAUAAUUUCGAAAAGUAGGAACAUAUAUCAUAAUCCCCUUUUCAAAAAAAAAAAAAA